AUGCGGGACCGAUUGGCAGAUUUUCAACGAAGAGUUGUUACGGACCGAUUUGAGGAAGUAGAACUGGGUCCUUCAUCACCGGUUGGCGUUCCACAAGGGAUUGCAACUGUUAUAGAUGGGCGAUUAAGUUUGACUCGAAAACUUCUCAAUGAACUUCAAACGGAAAUUGAAGAACUCCGUCGAAAGCAACAGCACAUCCUAGCGCUAGCUGUAGCAGAUCCUGCUGAAAAGGAUGUAUUGGAAGACCAGAUAGCAAAAAUUCGGCGGAAAACCGCCGAUUUACGCAAAAUGGUGAAUGAAGUUGAUAACGAAUUCAAUGAAUUUGCUCGAAUUUGUGAAUCUUCCGGAGAAGUACGAGUCCGCAAAAACCAGAUCGAUUUAAUACGAAGAAAGCUAAGAGAUCUCAUAAUUCGAUUUAACGACACUCAUGCUGAUUAUCGAUCAAGAGUUUCGGUACGUGUUCGACGUCAGUUACGAGCAGUCGGUGAAAAUGUGACGGAGGAAGAAGCAGAAAAAAUAAUUGACGCGGCUGGUCGUGAUGAAUUGUUCUUCCGUGAAGUGAAUCCUUUAUCGGUCUCGGCGAAAGCAGCCCUUGCUGACGUUAAACGCAGACAUAAUGAAAUUGUUGAGUUGGAGAAAAGCAUACAGAUAAUGCAAGAAAUCUUCGUCGACCUGCAGAAUCUCACAGAGAUCCAGAACGAAAUGGUAGAUAAUAUCGCACAUAACAUUGAGACCACCAAGGAUCAUGUGGAACAAGGUGCACGAAACGUGAAGGUUGGAUUGGAGUACAAGAAGAGCGCAACGAGAAAAAAGGUGGGCAAAAAGACGUUGAGCAAACAAUCGGGCAUACCCCGUUAA